AUGAGCGCUUCGGAAUUCCUAGAAUCGUCCCCAAUUUCUAUCGAUGAUGUCCCAAUUGACUUCGAACUCCCAGUGCCUCCCACGCCUGCUUCUUCUGCCGAGAGCUCAUUGACGCCGUUCUCCCCGCCGCCGACGACAUUGCCCACUCCUGAUAAGUACGAUACGCGUCUUUGGGGACAUUUUCCGGGUUGGGUAUGGUCAGAAAGAAGCAAAGACAACUACUCAUGGGCUUGGGAAUAUGGAUACGACAUACAACAUGACGACGAGCGCAGAUGGGUCUGCAAGCCGUGUAUUCAGAAGAACGACCCCAGACCUAAGAAUUUCGUUGCUAUUGGCCUUCAGAAUGCGCUGAAUCACUUAUACAAGGAUCACGGAAUAUCUGCACCAGAUAACAAGACAAAGUCCGGCUUGCAAAAGAAAGCCGAGGAGAAGCCAGGGAGCAAGAGGCCAAGAUCGAUUGUGGAUAUAUGGAAGCUCGACCCUUUAAGACCUCGAGAACAGGCGAUUGCCAACUCUAUGAUACGCGGAUUUAAUCGAAAUCACUUUCAACGUCUCCUGAUCGAGUGGAUAGUCGACACGAAUCAGCCCUUUAGUGUUGUUGAACAUGAGAGACUCCGGGAUAUCUUCGAAUACCUUAACCCUGCAGUCAAGAUCACGAACGCCAACAUCUCUGAUACCACAGUUCGCGCGCUCAUCAACUCCGAAUUUAAAAAGCACAAGGCGCGCGUCAUUGAAGCCCUGCGAAAGAGCCCCGGCUUAAUACACGUCAGCUUUGACGGAUGGAGGGCGCGGAAUCGACACUCGUUAUACGGUAUCGUGUGCUUCUUCAGGGACGAGAAUAGCAAGCCCCACAAGGUCGCUCUGGGGGUCCCCGAAGUCCGCAGACAUUCGGGGAACAACAUUGCAACAGAAGUCCUUUAUACCAUCGAGGCUUUUGGCAUCGAGGAGAAUAUUGGGUAUUUUACCCUUGACAAUGCCGAGAACAACGACACAGCACUUGAGGCUAUUGGCAAAAAGCUCGGCUUCAAUGGCGCUCGAAGGCGAGGCCGCUGCUUCGGCCAUAUAGUCAAUCUGUCUGCGAAGGCACUACUCGCAGCCAUUGAGGACGUGCUGAACGGAUUUGGGGAGCAAGAUAUCCGCGUGACAGCUGCCCACCCCAAGGGCAGGAGUCUUGAUAGCAGCCCCCAGGCGAAGGUCCGGUUGGGGCCGUCAACAUCCUUCCUCCAGGCAGGAAGGAGGCUGGUAGAGCUGUUCACCUUGAAUAGAAGGCAAUCAGUCGCCUUUCUUCUGAUAUGCCGACGGCUUGAUUCGAUACGAGGUCACGGGGCUGCCGCUGGUCAGCUCUGCGAGUUCAUCGGCGGGGAGGGCGGUACCGGGAAAUCACGAGUCAUCGAGGCACUGGUCGAGCUAUUUGCGAGUGCGGGCAUCUCGAAUCGUGUGCUCGUAACGGCGACGUCAGGGACAGCAGCAGCGCAGAUCAACGGCAUCACAAUCCACUCAGCCUGUGGCUUUUUAAAGGACCGCGUAUCGCGCGUUGGCGUAUCCAGAGAUAUCGACGGGGCCAAUUUAUCGAAUUCGGCAGAGCGAUUUAUCAACGGCCAGUCCCGAAUGGACUGGCAAGAGAAGUAUCUACUCAUCAUUGACGAGGUCAGCAUGCUAGGAGCGCGGACGCUGUAUGCGGUGAAUGAGCGGCUCUGCAGGCUCCGCGGCUGCCAGCGGGAUUUUGGCGGGAUUCCCAUCGUUCUGUUCUGCGGGGAUUUCCGCCAGUUCCGGCCUGUGCAGGAGAGAUCGAUCCUCCUUCCAAGCACGGCCGUGACAUGGGAUGAGGACACUUCGUUCGGCCCAGAACAAAGACACCAGCAUGAUAGGGCCCACGCGUUGUGGAGGAGGUUCACGACGGUCGUUAUGCUGGACGAACAAGUGCGCGCUGCUGGGGACCCAGAGCUGCAACAAUUGCUGAAACGGAUCCGACGGGGUGUGCAGAACCGCACAGAUUUAGACCUCCUUAACUCUAGGUGCUACCGGGAGGAUAGGCCGAUUCCGUGGGAAACGGGCAUUACCGUCGUGACACCGCUGAACAGGAAUCGGUGGAACUUGAACAUGGAGGCCACUCUGUCGUUCCAGAGACAACAUCGUGAGACGAUGCGAAUUUUCAUAUCCGAACACAGGUGGAAAGACGGCCAGGCGAGCGAGGAAGAAGCCAUCUUGAUGCUCAACCACGGAGACAACAGCGCGAUACCGGUGCCGGCGAUCUUCAUGUUCGUGCCCGGGAUGCCCAUCGUCGUCAACCACAACACGCACCAGGGCCUGAAGCUGGUUAAUGGAGCCAGCUACACCGCCUUGGACGUCAUCCUCGACAAGGCGUACCCGGGCCACCGGAUCUCGGCCGAUACGAUGCUCCACUUCGGGCCGCCGGCGGGGAUUCUGCUAGCGGCGAAGACAACCCAAGAGUUCCACUUUGUCGGGAUGCCGCCGGGCACAAUCCUUCUGACGCCGAUGAGCGUCAGCAUACGAGCCCAGAGAAAUCGGCCAUGGCAAGUGAGAGACGUGGCCCGAAAGGGCUUGCCGUGUGCAGCGGCCUUUGCGUGCACAGACUACAAGGUACAGGCAAAAACGCUAGAGCGAGUGGCACUAGAGCUGCGCGGGACGAGGACGACGAAUGUGAACGGUCAGAUGGUUGCGUCACAGUGCGAUCCAUACAGCCUAUACGUGCAGCUAUCGCGUUGCCCGUCAUUAGAUGGUAUCAUGCUUGUGUCAAAGGUGCGGGAGAGAGACCUGGUUGGCAACACGGUGCCCGAGGACAUGACUGCCGCGGAGGAGAGGCUGGAAGCGCUGAGCAAGAAGACCAUGCAGGAGGCUCACGACCUGAUCGGAUGA